CCUGGAUCUGGAUGAAUUAAAGCCGCGUGUUCAUAUUGAUUGGCCGGCUACUGUUUUGACUUUUGAGUUUCAUUGCUCGUCAAUUUGUAGGAUUGUUCCGAUCUCAUCUCAAGUGCAGGCGAGAAGAACGUGAAGAAUAUCGUAAAGAAGCAAGAAAAAACCGCUACCUUCAACUGAAAAAUUUCGCUCCAAAUGCAAACGAGCCCCAAGGAGGCACGGCGUCCAAGAAGGACGAGCCCGGCGAUUUUUUCGGCUCAUCUUCUCGCUUGGUUUUAUUCCGCAGUACCAUUCGCAGAGGUCUUUUUCAAAGUAUACGCUCCGGCACCAUUUCUCGUGGCAGCGGAUCCAAUCUCAGCCGAGUGGGACGCGUGCAAACAGUGCACACGAAAUGAGCGCAUCUUCUGCUACACGACCAUGCGGUGCAUGAACAAUCUGCACAUUGACAUGUCGACCACGAAGAUCUUCGCGAAAUGCCCCAACCCUCUGAUGGUCCCGGAAUCCUGCCGAUCCAAGGGAAUCUACCCUCCGACAGAAGAGCAGAAAGAACAGUACCGCCAAGAGCACGCGUACGAAGAAGAAUUGCGCGCACAGCGACGAGCCGGUGGGAUCGGCGGUGUUAGUGGUCACGGAGAGGAAUUGUAGUUGCGUUUACUUCCCUAGCCAUCGGCUGCAACACGGGACGCAUUUCUAUGUGUGUUUGAUUUGUGCUCCAGCAUUACGGCCUUUCGUUUUACGAUCCUACGGGAAAAACGAG